CCCAAAGCAGGUUUUUAAAAAUCAAGUACAAUGGCAUCUAACAUUUCCCUUCGUGCAGUUCCCUUGAAAUGCAGUGGAAGCCAUUCCUAGAGCGAAGAUGUCCUCUUUCUGUCGUUGCUCACAGAUUUCGUUACAGUUCUUCCGCUCCUCCCAUCGAAGCCCGCUCUUGCGCCUUGAGGACUAGAAAGAUGCUUUUGCGAAGACGGCGCUCAGGCUUCCAAGGCUGCCCUGGGCCGAUUCCUGCGCCCGUGGGGCAACUGGCAAGAGGAAGGCGAGAUACCCUGGCCCAAGCCAGAUGGUCCCAUAGCACCGGGGCGCCGACCUUAACGCAGCUUUCUGCCCGGGCGUGCGCGGCGCCUUUGGGAUUCAACCCUGCUGCCCUUUGCAGGGGAGGCUGGGCGAUGAGGGCUGCGAACAGCUGGCCAGGAAAGGGUGUUCGCUGGGAGCUAAGUGGAACCAGAUGUUGGGUGGAAUCCUUUUGGCAACUCCGGCUGCCUGGCGGGGGGCCAGGAAUUCAGCGUGGGGGGCUGGAGAGGGGAGCCAGCGCACAGUCUCCCAGGGAGCCCGCGCCUAACACUUCGCGCUCUGCACGCAGCCGGGAUCGGGGCGCGUUUGGAGAAGGCAAGAGAGGGUGCCGGGGGGUGCCAGGCGGCUGCCAGCGUGGUGAGUGACGGGAUGUGGGGUUUGGGGGUGGGGAGGGAGAAGGGGCUGGAGGAAGAAGGAGAAGGCCCGGGCCUGAAAGAGAGAGAAAGAGCGUGCGCCAGAGGAAAACAUCCCUGCGCACUCUCCCAAAGUUGGUGAUCCCAUCCUGGGGAGAGCCCAGAUUCACUGCCGUGGGAGGUGCCAGGCAGGCCCCCUCUCACUGUGCCAAGCCAAAGAUGUUUGAGGAGGGGGAGAGAGACCUGAUGCUUCCUUUGAACUAAGUGAAAAGUUUCAAGGUGCCUUCUUACAUCGGAGACAAUGUAGGAUCUCGGCUUCUCCAGAUCUCCAGGGAUCACUUUGCUUGCCCCCACCCCCGGCACCCUGUGCCCCUCUCUCGCUGGGUGAAGGUGGCGGCUCCGUCUAGGCUUGUUUUGCCCUCCUGAAUUGCUUCUGAAGUUUUCCUCCGCCCAGGGCCAGCCAGCCUUCCAGGGCUGUCCAGCCCAGCUUCGGAAACCACAGAAAGCGAUGCCUCCUUAACAGCCAGGGCUUUCCUCAAAUAAACCUGGGAACUGUAGUUUUCUGAGAGUUGUUAAGAGGCUCCUGUGCCCGUCACGGAGCUUCAAUUCCCAGCUGUGGUGUACCUCACCGUAACUAUGCCGGUGCAAAACAGUGUUAGGUCCAGAUUAGGUCGUCAUAUUUAGAAUUAGAAUUAAAUAAGAAAGUUUGCUGUCAGUGGUGCUUGGUAACAUUCGACUUGGUAGGGCUGCAAUUUUUAACCCUGCUGUUUUCAUCACAAUAGGAUGACUUCGUAUAGAAAUGUGUUCCACAUGUAUAUUAAGAUCAGCUUCCUCAAAAAUAGAUAACACUGCAAGUGGGGCAGAAGAGAUAAUAUAGCAAAUCAAAAUUGUAUUGAUUGCUUUUAAAACUGCAUUUCUUUUCAAACUGCAUUUCUUUUAUUCCUCCCCCCACCCCCCAAAAAAAGAAUAUAUGAUUCAGUAACUGGGCCAGCAUCUUGGGAAAAGAGAAAGGUUGAUGUACAACAGACAUUGGGGAGUUAUAUACCAUUUAUGAACUGCAUGUAGGAACAAUUCCUUACAUUUUGCUGAAACGGAGUGGAGAGGGGGCUUAGCCCACAUUCUCUGCCAGGUGUUGUCCUCUGUGUCCCAACCCAUGUCUUGGCUCCAUGCUAAUCUUAAACCAAGCUGCUUAUUCGGUUCCUGUUUCAGUGAAAGUUUACAUAACCCAGAAACCAAACCCUUCGAGUCUUUAGAAGUGGAUAUAAUUUAAGCUCUCAAAAUUGGUCAACUUAUGGGUCGCAGUGCAUUUUCACUGAGCUGUUGUUUAAAAAUGCAAACAUUUGAUGCCAUGACAACCGUGGGAUAGAGGUAGGCCCCAGUUUUUUCUCCAUUUCCAUCUUCAUUGUGGGUUUGCUAUUUUUUUAUAAAAAUCACAGAGACAGUAAAGUCUCCUAACCCUCCACUCACCCAGAUCAAAUGUGUGGUUCUGGAAGUCAAAGGAGUUAGAGGAAGAUUCUGGACAAGGAUUCCAAGCCACCAGUACCAACACUGAUACGUCACUUGUAAGAGCCUAUUAUGAAAGUGAGUUUUAUUCUUGAGAUUGGAUGAUAAAAACAAGAAUGCACUAAAGGGAAUGCCAUUUACCUGCUCAGAUUUUUGGGGUGUCCACGACUUAGUACCACCCUCAUUAAUCAAAGAGAGGAUAUGUCUCAGCUGGCUAGCCAAAUAAUAUAGCUGUAAAUUAGGUAAAUCCCAUCCACCCUCUAACCAAACAAUAAACCAUUCCCCCCACCCCGAUUCUCAGAGAUUUUUCAUCAAAGGGAAAUGGAUUAAUGUUUUUCUGCCAAAUCCUAAACUGAGUAGAGGGAAUUGAUGUAGUGAAUUACUCCUACACAUCCAUUGCCAGAACGCUAAACACACGAAAGCUUUUGAAAUGUGAGGAACACUUGUUUCUAGUCGCAUGCGGUUUUCCUCACUGCAAAAAUCAGUUUUAUUUUUUCAUUAUCCAAAAGAUUUCCUUUUCUAAAUUAAAAGAACAAAGUAUUCCAACCAGCGAAAAUGAUUGUUUCAUUUGAUCCAGCAUGGCUCCGUCCUGAAAAUGUGAAGUAAUAAUCUGUUUAUGUGCACCAGAGCAAUUACAAUGUCUUUUUGCUUGUGCACAAUGUCCACCUUUCUCUCUCGCUCCUGACUUCUAGGGCACCCUCGCCGUCUUCCCCCUGCCCGCAAUGUCCCAUAUGACUCUCUUUGCUCUUUGUCUCCCACCUGCUGACCUGAGCUUUGCAAAAACGCAAAGCUCUUCAGACUUCAGCUCUUAUUUUGAGGGGUGAGUGAGUCACCGUUCUCACCAGGGUGGAGUUGGCACUGGGUGAGGAAGAGGCUUCCUGGGCACCAGGAAAAGUCCUGCACCCAUGGGUGCCAUCUCGGUGACCCCAGCUAGGAGCAUUUGUCCCAGACAAAUGUGCAGCCUUCGACUUGACGGUGGUGGAAACUCGCUCGCCCUCUGUCCUCAUUUGCCCCCAAGGAGACUCCUUCUGGUGACCUGGAACUCCCAGGGCCUCGUCUCUUUCUUGGCACCCAUGGAGGUGGGUGCCAACCAUCGGCACCCCUGUUUUCCUCCGAGAGGCUGGCUGUUGCCUCAUCCACUCUUCCUGCGAGACCCAGAGGAUGCUUGAUGAUGGGGUUUAGCCGUGCCCGAGGCAAAACUCAGCGAGUUGGCUGUAUUUUAGGUAUAUAUACAUUAGCCCAAACAAGGGUUAUAUUUAGCACUGCCUGGAGACCAUUUCUGCCUUGAAGCAACAUUCAACACACGGGGCCCUUUCAUCACCUGAAAGAGGUGCAUUCCUGCAAUAACAAGCCAAGACCCAGACCUGCAUUUAUUCCUAACUACUCCUUUGAUACUGACUCAAUUCUAGUGCUCAGGGGACGGUGCAAUUGCAAGUGGGGAGGAGAGCUGUUCUUGCCCUCGGAUCCUGUUUGCAGGGGGUGGGCAUGUGAUUGGCCCCUGUGCUGGGCGAGAUACUGGCGUCUUAGUUAUAUGUUUUUAGGUGCCAGGCAAAAAACGUUCCUCCUAAUCGGCCAGGCCUUUGGCUAAUUAAUAUUUGACAGCCUUUUAAAUGUGUUUGUGGGAGGGGGGUAUUGCUAUGUUGUUUUAACUGUUUAUUUGUUGCUUUUUCCUUGUAUUUUUAUUUUUGAGAUCUUUUGAUGAAGGGUGGUAUAUCAGUCAAUCAAUCAAUGAUGGCUCCUCUUCUUUACGCUAGGUUCCCCAUCACCUCUCUGAUGGAAUGUUAUCUCUGCCUUGCCAGGUUUUGUUCUGUUUUUAAUGAAAGGCUGGAGGAGGAGGAGGAGGAGGAGGAGGCAGGGCUGGAUUGGAGUCAGGGCCUGGCAGGGAGUCAGGGGCCUGAUCCGAGUCAGGGAGGUGACAUGCCCGAUAUCUGCAACAUGAAAAGGGACAAACCUUUUGGUCUACGGUUUUUAAAGCAAUCAAUACAAUUUUGAACUGCUAUGUUAUUCCUCCUGCCCACCUUGCAGUGCUAUCUAUUUUUGAGGAAGCUGAUCUUAGAGUAUAUAAUAAAAAGCUAGCUGUUCUGUUUGGGGUGGCACAAUGGCUUGUUUCUGGAGAGAUCCACAUGGAGCCAAUACUUCUUUUUGGUAUUCUGAAGUUUGGGAACUUCAUUUAGAAAAGUUGACCAACAAGCUAUGCAUUUCCAGAGGGAAAAUGCGAAAAGGAUAGAUUUUCAGGGGUUUGGUUUGAUUUUAUUAAAUAUAUCAUGGUCUGUUACCUCCCUCUGCUUGUUAUCAAUGGAUUGGGUUGAGUAAAAAAUAUAUUUUUCCUCUUUUAAGAUUAAUCCCACCCAUGACAGCAGUGGGUUUUAUUUUAUUUUACCUUUAAAAGUAUACCCAGCCUUUUAUUCUCUGGUACCAGCCUGAUGUGUCUUUUUCUUGCUGUCAUUGUGGUUAGCUCAAUAAAGAAACAAAACAAAAUAGAGGAGUUGUCUGCUCCAAUUCCAGUGCAAUAAUAAAGAAGGGUGAGCAUGAGAGGGCCUUGCCAUUGUCCUUCUACUGUUAGUAGCACCUGAACUGCAAAUUUGGGAGCCCAUAUUUCAUCCUAGGGUGCUCCUAGGCAGGGGAUUAAUAUUUCACAUGGGUCUGUCGGUUAUCGCAAACAGACCGUUGGCAACAGGUGAUUUUUUUUAUAAAAAAAGGUUCUGGAUUUUCCACAAAAAUAGUAAAUUUGAAUUAAAUGGGGGAGGGAAUUAGAGUGGCGCUUGUGGGUUAAACCACAGAGCCUAGGACUUGCCGAUCAGAAGGUCGGCGGUUCGAAUCCCCGCGACGGGGUGAGCUCCCGUUGCUCGGUCCCUGCUCCUGACAACCUAGCAGUGCGAAAGUGCAAGUCAAAGUGCAAGUAGAUAAAUAGGUACCGCUCCGGCAGGAAGGUAAACGGCAUGCGCUGCUCUGGUUCGCCAGAAGCGGCUUAGUCAAUAAAGUGAGAUGAGCACCGCAACCCCAGAGUCACGACUGGACCUAAUGGUCAGGGGUCCCUUUACCUUUACCUUUUAUGUUGAUGCCAACGCAGUCAUGUGGGCACUGCGAACAGCUUGCAUGAAUGAGGAGAGCACCACUCCUGCAAUAAACACCCCUCUGGAAGCAACCCUAGUCGCAGCCAUCCUUGCUUCUACAGUAAGAUAUAUUGGAUUUCUGUUUAAAUCGCAGUGAUCAUUUCUAAAUUGUUGCCCACGCAUAUAAAAUGUUGAUCUGCAGAUUUUGAAGCUAAGUCUGGAUCAGGAAGCUUGUUCUUCUAAUCCCUGGGAGCUGGGAGCUCCCUGUACUUACUUUUCUGGGGUACUUCACUGGAAGCUGCAGGGGGGAUUACAGUGGACUUUGCAUCAUACACUGGCUGAUGCGGUAUAGUGGCUAAGAGACUAGCUCAUGGCUUAUCUGGAGAGAGGACAUUCUCCCUAGCCACACCCCCUCUCUGCAGGCCACACCCCUCACUGCCACUGCUUUGCAGUGUUGUUCCGACCCCCCCCCUUUCCCCUAGCUGGAAUAUACCGUAAUUUUCUGUGUAUAACACGCCUCCAUGUAUAAGACACCCCCUACUUUGGGGGACUCCAAAUUAUGAAAAUAUUACUAUCCGUGUAUAAGAAGACCCCCCCCCAUUUUUAACAGUAAAAAAAACCUAGUCUUAUACACGGAAAAGUACGGUAAAUUCUGCCCCUGCCUUUUGCUUGCCUUGAAGGAAGGAGAGAGAGAGGUCUGUGUGCAGAAACUGGUCUUUUGCAGCCCUCUCUGGCACUGCAUGCAAAGCAGGUGCUUGGCCACUGAACUCUGUGGAUCGUUUCCUUUAAAAUCUCGUAUUUCAAUUUCCCCCCUUUUCUACUCUACCUUAUGAACAGCUCCUGAGAACUCAGAAGCCUGCCUAUCCCCAACUUGGGUACAAGCACCUUGAGUUGCCACCUGGGCGUAAUAUCCACCCAUUCUUCUACUUUUCAGUCCUGAUCAGCCCUGUAAAGGUUUUCUCUUGGGGAGAGAUGCGCUCUGCACAUUCACAGAGGCUCUUAGUGUCUCAGUACUAUGGAGAGCAGCCAAAAAGCAGCCUCCCUUUUGGGACAUAGAAAGGCGGUCACUUGGCACCCCACUUUGCGUCUUGCCUACCAUUCGGGCAAAUAACUGCUGCUUGCUGUCACUGCCCUUAACCUCUAACCGGCCUCCUUUCCCCCAGGCAGAACAAUGAGGUCUGUUUCAUGUCUCCUCUUGGCAACGCUUCUGAGAGCUGCAGUUUCACAGGAACUGGAGGAACCCGACACUUACACGGUAAAUGGCCUGGGCCUCCCACCAUGCCAGAGUGGAUGCUGUAGGGCAGGAGGGGUUCCAGCUGCAAAACAGGCAUGCAGACACACACAGAGGUGCGCCCAGGAGGUGGUUGUUAAUGCUGCUCAGCUUCGAUGCAAGUGAUGCAUCCUCAUCUGGGGUGGAGCAUGACAGGGGCUAGAGAGCCAGCGUGGCAGUGAAAGAGGUGGACUAGGAGAACAGGGGGAACCUGAGUUCAAAUCCCCACUUGGCCGUGAAGCUCACUGCAUCAUCUGCCACAGACUUUAUCUCUCACCGUGGCGUAACUCAUAGGGCUGUUAUUUGGGUAAUAUGGAGGGAGGAUGCUACCUUGAGCAUCUUGGAAGAAAGGCGGGCUACAAAUGUCACAUGUCACAGUGUGGAGUGCUUCUGUUUAUAGGGUGCCAGCUGCCAAGCCAGCCAUGCCUCCUUGCAGGAUACUCCAUUCCAUCGCCCUCCCACCCCCAACAGAGUUCCCAUAAACCCUCAAUAGUCAGUAAGCAUUCCAUGCUAUCUGGGUAUCUGGACUGCUUUGGAGCUCCCUCAUUCCAACCCUUUCCGGUUUUUGUUUUCUAAAUACAGUGGUACUUCGGGUUACAGACACUUCAGGUUACAGACUCCACUAACCCAGAAAUAGUACGUCAGGUGAAGAACUUUGCUUCAGGAUGAGAACAGAAAUCAUGCUCCGGCGGAGCGGCAGCAAUGGGAGGCCCCAUUAGCUAAAGUGGUACCUCAGGUUAGGGACGUGGGUGGCGCUGUGGGUUAAGCCACAGAGCCUAGGACUUGCCGAUCAGAAGGUCAGCGGUUUGAAUCCCCGUGACGGGGUGAGCUCCAGUUGCUCGGUCCCUGCUCCUGGCAACAUAGCAGUUUGAAAGCACGUCAAAGUGCAAGUAGAUAAAUAGGUAGCAUUCCGGCAGGAAGGUAAAUAGCAUUUCCGUGCGCUGCUCUGGUUCGCCAGAAGUGGCUUAGUCAUGCUGGCCACAUGACCGGAAGCUGUACGCCGGCUCCCUCGGCCAAUAAAGCGAGAUGAGCGCCACAACCCCAGAGUCGGUCACGACUGGACCUAAUGGUCAGGGGUCCCUUUACCUUUACCUUUUACCUCAGGUUAAGAACAGUUUGAGGUUAAGAACAGACCUCUGGAACGAAUUAAGUUCUUAACCCGAGGUACCACUGUAUGUUUUUGUAGUUCUGCAAACCUUGGAGUCUGCCCCCUCCUCCAGCCUCCUGGUCCCUCCCUCUUGGGUGUGGGUGGGGAUGAUUUGGCUGCAUAAUGACUACACACUAGGAGCCCUUAUUAGUGUAUAAGAUGAUAUAACAAUUUGGCGCAAAUGAAGAUGGCCCAACAGUCUCAUAGAAGGGGGGCCCCUGUACCCCCCUCCACCAAACUAUUUUGGGGGCACAGGACUGGGGUGCACAAAACUCUGGAUAUACAGUAACGCCUCUGAGCAAGCGUAGGCCGGAAAAUAGAAAGGGGCUCCUGCCCCUUUAAUAGUGCACUCCUUGAAAUGCCCUGUUCUACACUACUAUUAAAGGGGCAGGAGCUCCACCCUAUUUUGCCUUAGCAGUGGUGAUGGUGGUUUCUAGGUCAGUGUUGUUUCUGGCUUAGAGCUGCACACAUGCCAGGCCUUAGCCCCAGAAUACAUUUUCGAUAUGUUCUGUAAUACGUUGGCUCUUAAUGGCCACUAAAUAUUCAUGGGCAGACCAAAAAGGAAGAGGACUUGCAAGACAGAAGAUGGUGUUUUAAGCAGGGCUGAGCAUCCUUCACCGGUUGUCUUGCAGUGUGGCAAAGGGGAUGGUAGUCCCCAAGUCGGGGGCCUGAUUGAUAUCUUUAACUCAUUCCUAUAUGUCCUCCCUCUGCCCUAGGAAUGCACUGACGGCUACCAGUGGGAUGCGGAGAGUCAACAUUGCAAAGGUACAGCCUGGCAUUCCAGAUAGCCAUCUUGUUGAGGACAGGAACAGGGAAAUUGGACAGUUUGGGUUUCUUUUGGUUCCUUAUUCUUUCCAUUUUAAGGUUUUGUGUUUUUUUAAAAAGAAAACUCCUCUUGAAAAUUUGUGCACAUGCGUGAGGUCAAACUGUGGACCGAAAUGCGUGUAUUAGUAUAAACGCACAUGAAAAUUUUUAUAGAUUGCCUUCAUACAUGUUGUUUUCCCAGUUAUCGUAAUUUUUUUGCAUGCUUUUCUCACUUUGGUGCACAAUUUCCCCACCAAACAUUUCCCCAUGUUUUUGUGUGCGUUCCUUGGUUAGAGAACCACAUUUUUAAACAAGGGGGGUGGGGACUGCGAAUUUUGAGGGACAGUUUGGUUUCGGUUUGCAUAUUGGCUUCGGAAGUGCAAGUACAGUGGUGUCCGCAUUAACAUGUGAGCAGAGCAAAUCUCUUCCUCCUACCUGGUUGGGGGAAUAAUACGCAUUGUGGGAGGAAGGUUGUAGGUCAACCUGGGUGAGCCUCCCAUCCUCUUGGGUGUCUUUGUUGGCAUCCUAGUGCCUAGAGACCAAGGAUGGGGAACCUUGGGCCCAGGAACCAAAUGUGGCCCUGCAGCACUCUUGGCUGGCCCUUGGGUCUCUCCCCAGCCACACCCCCUAACUGCCCAGGCUCCCCACCUUUCUUGAGUGUUUUUCUCUGGCCAUAAUGUGUCCUUGCAUGCUGACGAAGCCCCUUUCUGGCCUGGGUGGAAGCUAGAGAGAGUCUGUAGAAACCAGCCUACAAGCAAAAUUUACAUCUGUAGCCCUGCCCACUUUUACCUCUGUCCAACCACUGCUGUCCUGCGGCCCUCAGGAAAUUGCCCAGAAGGGAAUGUGGCCCUCAGGCUGUGGCACAGGCUGGGUAAGCAGCAGUGUUAAAAGCUCAGAUACAUCAGCCAGGCACCAAAUGGCUCCUUAAACCAAGGUUUCAAUCACCAAAACAGAAUGUCUAAAGUCUUAUAAAGUCUUAUUUUUCAAAAGAUGGAUUGACUGUGAUUGAUUAACAUCUGGCUGGUUCAGAUGACAGGCUUAAGCCUCGGUUAAGAACUUUGAGAACUUAAAGAAGAAAAGUCCCUUGAUCCAAAGACAGUCAACAUAUAUAUUGGCCUCUUCCGACUUCUUUUUGUUAACAGCGACUGCUCCUGCUCUGGCUGCACAGAAAAAGCAUUUGGGUUCCUGGAAUUCAUUCCAAUUGUGCAGAUAAAAUAUAAGUGUUAGAAUUCUACAGCAUGCGGGAUUAGUGUGUGAAUACAGUCCAGAACCAAGAUCUUAGAUGAUGGAGAUGUCAUGCGCCAUCCUGGCACCCAGGCAUCCUCACGUGGUUGGAAGCUAGGUGCAAAAGGUGCCUGGCUAAUUUCAAACACUGGUUCCUAAGUGGUGACAGUGGCAAGGAGUUCAGGCAUCGCUGGGGUUGUCUUGGCCUAAGGCCUCCACUGAACGUGGAAACAGCGUUGGCUAGGAUGUCUCCUACAGCGAGCUGGAACUGACAAGAAGAAGGAGGGAGCCUGGGUGCCCACCUCCCCCCGUCUCCCCCUUAUCCUGUCCCACCUGAUUCUGUUUCCUUCCUCUUCCUCCCACGCCACCCGCCUGCCAGAUGUGAACGAGUGCGAGACCAUUCCCCAUGCCUGCAAAGGAGAGAUGAAGUGCAUCAACCACUAUGGGGGGUACCUGUGCCUCCCCCGCUCGGCCUCUGUGAUCAACGACGUGAACUCCGAAAGGGCUCCUCCCCCCAGUCCCCCCAGGCCCAGGCCCCCCCAGCAGGCCCAGUACUUCGUACAGAACAACUGCCCCCAGGGCUACGAGCCGGACAGACAAGGAUCCUGCAUGGGUGAGUAGGGCGGCAGCAGCAACCCGAAGGGCGAGGGAGGAGGGGAGAUCUCAGGGCAUGGGGCAUGUUUAGCCUUGAGGAGAAGAGACUUGAGAGGGGGGGACAUGAUAGCCAUUAGAUAGAUAGAUAGAUAGAUAGAUAGAUAUAGAUAUCUGAAGGGCUGUUGUCCCAUGGAAGAUGGAGCAAGCUUGUUUUCCGCUCCUCCAGUGAGUAAGACCCAAACAAACGGAUUCAAAAUAAAAGAACGGUGAUUACGACUAAACAUUAGGAGGGACUUUCCUGCGGUAAAUGCUGUUUGACAGUGGAACGGACACUCUCAGAAGGUGGUGGAGGUUUUUAAUCAGUGGUUGGAUUCUUCUUAAGGGACGUGGGUGGCGCUGUGGGUUAAACCACAGAGCCUAGGACUUGCCGAUCAGAAGGUUGGCGGUUUAAUCCCCGCGACGGGGUGAGCUCCCGUUGCUCGGUCCCUGCUCCUGCCAACAUAGCAGUUCGAAAGCACAUCAAAGUGCAAGUAGAUAAAUAGGUACCACUCCGGCGGGAAGGUAAACGGCGUUUCCGUGCGCUGCUCUGGUUCGCCAGAAGCGGCUUAGUCAUGCUGGCCACCUGACCCGGAAGCUCUACACCGGCUCCCUCGGCCAAGAAAGCGAGAUGAGCGCUGCAACCCCAGAGUCGGCCAUGACUGGACCUAAUGGUCAGGGGUCCCUUUACCCUUUACCUAUACCUGGAUUCUUCUUCUUUCUUUGGCGAUCACUCAUAGCCGAGUAAGAUUGUCUUCCAUAAACACGGUUUUAACAGUGAGUCUGUAAGUGACUGUGGAGGCCAAUUCUGGAUCCACACGUCCUUCCACAGUGGGGACAUUGGUUUCUGGGUGGGAGUUGAUCACAGUGUGGAUUUGCCAAGCGUGCCUUCCUCUUGGAACGUUUCUCCCUUGCGUCCUGAGUUCGAGUCUUCAAAACCCAUGACACCUUUGGUAAAGGCUGUUCUCCAACUGGAGCGCUCGCAGGCCAGAGCUUCCCAAUUGUUGGUGUUUGUACUACAUUUUUUAAGAUUUGCCUUGAGACAGUCUUUAAACGUCUUUCGUUGACCACCAGCAUUACGCUUUCCAUUUUUAAGUGGUGGGCUCUCCUUCCUUGGAGGUUUUUAAUCAGAGGUUGGAUAGGGCCACCUGUCAAGGGUGCUUUAGUUGCGAUUCCUUCAUUGCACGGGGUUGGGCUAGAUAACCCUUGGGAGAAUUCCUUCUGACUUUACAAUCUAUGCAGACUGGGGCUCUUUGGGCAGGAAAAAGAUGAUGUGCAACUUAAUUUGAAGUUAUUGCAGUGAUUCGGCCUAUAUCUGACAUGCAUUUUUUAAAAAUGAGCCAGGAGGGGCUGGGUGUUUCUUGGGUGCUGUAGCGUCUUUGGUGAAUGGGAUAAUAAUAAUAAUAAUAAUAAUAAUAAUAAUAAUUUAUUAUUUAUACCCCGCCCAUCUGGCUGGGUUUCCCCAGUCACUCUGGGCGGCUUCCAACCGAAUAUUAAAAACAGUACAGCAUCAGACAUUAAAAACUUCCCUAAACAGAGCUGCCUUCAGUUGUCUUUUAAAAGUAAAAUAGUUGUUUAUUGCCUUGACAUCUGCUGGCAGGGUGUUCCACGGGGCAGGUGCCACGACCAAGAAGGCCCUCUGCCUGGUUCCCUGUAACCUUACUUCUCACAGCGAGGGAACCGCCAGAAGGCCCUCGGCGCUGGACCUCAGUGUCCGGGCUGGAUGAUGGGGGUGCACUUUGAUUCCAGGAAGCACAAGCAGAGUGGCUGGGCACCCCCUGCCUCUCAACCUCCUUCCUCUGUGUUUUUCUGUCUCUUAUUGGGAGCCUGCCCCUUCUCUCCCUCUCCCCUCCCCUUGCUGCCAUGCUGGAGCCCCAGCUGUGUUUUUCUUUUUGUCCCAUUCAGACGUGGACGAAUGUGAAUAUGAUUCGCACGACUGCCAGCCGAGCCAGCAAUGCAUCAACACGCCUGGGGGCUUCCAUUGCCAGUGUCCGGACGGCUAUCGGAAGAUCGGCACAGAGUGUGUGGGUCAGUGUGCCUGAGGACUGCGCCCAUGGGGUGGUCCUCGGUUUCUGCCAGGGAGUGUGCCUUCAUCUUGGGCUGCAUGCAAUGCAAUGGGGCUCUGAAAGGAAUGGAACAUGUGGGUUCGCAACAAAAUAUUGCAGCGCAGAGGGCCGGCCAGCCUCUUCCUGUAUAUUCCAUUUCAUUCCCUCUGCCCCUGUCUUGUUUUUCAUUCCCCCUUGGCACCAGCACUCAUGGGGCAUUCCAAAGCCAUUCAGCCUGUGAAAUAUACUCAGAGUUGAGAGUGGAUUUCAUGCUCUUUAUUCAGCUCAUAGUGGUGAGGAGGAAUGGAAGUUCCCCCAGAAUGUCUGCUUUAUAUACCUUAUUUACACAAUGAGCCCCACGUGAUUGGCUAAUUCCGGGAUUCUCCUGUAGGCCAAUCAGGUUGCGGAUUCACUUCCACCUGGAGCUGGAUUGGGUGGCUCCUGUGGAUCAGUCAGACUGCUGCAUUCUGGAUCCUAUUGUUCUAGGACCAAUCAGACUGCUGCAUUUUGGAUCCUAUUCAACUCAGUACAUAACAGCCUGCUCACUCCUCAUCCCUUGAGUUUCUCCCGGCCGAACAUGAUUUCUUGCAGUUCUCCUGGGUAGGGACUCUGUUCAUGCUCAGAGGCACAGCAGGGAGGUGGCGGGAGGGGGUCAGAGCCGCUGAGGAUUCCCUCUCCUUUCUCCCACUUGCAGACAUUGACGAAUGCCGCUAUCGCUAUUGCCAGCACCGCUGCGUCAACUCCCCAGGCUCGUUCUCCUGCCAGUGCGAACCUGGGUUCCAGCUGGCCAGCAACAACCGCUCAUGUGUUGGUAAGCAGGGAAUGUCCUUGUCCUGCCCUGGUCCCUUGCAGGUCUUCGAUGCCCUGGUAGAGAUGGCCACCCUAUUGGCUUACCCUAUUGGAGAGCUGCCGUUCCUUGCAAAUCCUGCCAAAUGUUGUGGAGGGAAAGAACACAAGCUUCAUGUUCAGAAGGUCCCCUGUUCAAAGUACCAGGAAGCACAUGAUGGACAAGACCCUUCCUUGCUUAAGACCCCGGGGAGCCGCUGCCAGUCAGAGCAGGUGGUAUUGGGCUAGGUGGACUGUUAGCUUGAUCUGAGCUGUGGUUCGGCAGUCAAAGAUCUGCUUUGCAUUCAGAAGGUUCAAUACCUGGGGCAUCUUCAGGUAGGACUGGGAGACACUCUUGCUUGAAACUCUGGCGUGCUGCUGCCAGUCGAUGUAGAAAACACUGAUCUAGAUGGACAAAGAGCCUGAUUCUGUGUAAGGCAGCUCUCUAUGUUCCAAGGAUUAAGGCCUUUGCUCACUGGCAGAAGGAUGAGUUCAGUCUCCAGUUUCUUCAGUUAGAAAGGAUCAGGUCCCAGCUGAUGGGAAUGACCUCUCUCUCCCUGGGACCUUGAGAGCUGCUGCCAGUCAGAGUAGACAGUAUAAGGGUUGGAUGGACACAUUGCCUGUCCUGGUAGAAGGCAUCUUCCCUGUGUUCCUAAGAGGAAACGGCAGAGGCAAAGGAGGGAAUGAAUGUGAAUGAAUGUGGCUAUAGGUAAAGGUAAAGGGACCCCUGACCAUUAGGUCCAGUCGUGGCCGACUCUGGGGUUGCGGCGCUCAUCUCGCUUUAGUGGCCGAGGGAGCCGGCGUACAGCUUCCGGGUCAUGUGGCCAGCAUGACUAAGCCGCUUCUGGCGAACCGCCGACCUUCUGAUCGGCAAGUCCUAGGCUCUGUGGUUUAACCCACAACGCCACCCGCGUCCCAACUGCUUAAUUUUAGUUACAGUCAGGCUAAGGAGUUAAGCAAGGCUGGAGGAUCAUAUUAGGCCCACUAGAACUCCCCAUUUCACCUGCCGGAUCGUUUUGACCAAGCUCUGCUUACCUGCUCAGGUAAAGAUGAAGCAGGGCUGGAAGAAAACAAAUUGCUUUACAUGGAAUCCAGCUUUCCAUUUAGCUCAGUAUUGUCUGCACUGACUGGCAGCAGCUCUCCAGAAUUUCAAGCAAGGCCUUCUUGCUCCCCCAUCCCGCUCUACUUGGAGAUGCUGCAGGGGAUUGAAACACAGAACCAUAGAAUCACAGAAUUGUAGAGUUGGAAGGGACUUCCAAGGGUCAUCUAGUCUGACCCCUUGCCAUGCAGAAAUUGUAGCUCAAGAAGCCCUGGCAGGUGGCCACCCAACCUCUGCUUAAAAACAAGGAAGGAGAUCCCACCACCUUCUGAGGUCACAGAACAAUAGAUACACAAAGUUGGAAGGGGCCCCCAAAUGUCAUCUAGUCCACCCCCCAAAAAUACUGGACCUUCUGCAUGCAAAGCAGUUGUUCUACCCCCUAGCUACCCCUCUUCCCCAUGAAGGGUCUUUGCAGGCAAUCACCAUGGAUUGCAUCACUUUGCAAGCACCUUCAGUCAGCCAAAGGCUUCUCAGAAAAGCUGGAUGUUUAGGAAGGAUUUAAAGGAGGCAGUGUGCUGGGAGCAAGUUGCAGGACUGAGGGAUAAAAAGGGGAGUGAAGGAGACAGCCUGGAAACCCUUGAAGGGAACAGGAGGCCUCCUGAUAGCUUGGGGCUUGCUUGUCGACAAGCCAUAAGAGGAAAACGCUUAUCCCAGGGGUAAGGUGUGUGUUCCCUGUAUGCCCCAUAAAUGCAUAAAUUGCCGCCAGCCGUUUCCACCUGGCAAUGGCAUCUCAACCCCGCUUAAGCUUUUGCAACCUCUCCUCCAGAUGUAAACGAGUGCGAGAUGGGGGCCCCCUGCAAGCAGCGUUGCUUCAACACGUAUGGUACGUUCAUCUGCCGCUGCAACCAGGGCUAUGAGCUGGACCAGGACGGCUUCACCUGCAACGGUAGGUGGCUCUGUCUCCGCCCCAUUUCUCCGCCCCCUUCUUCCUAGCUCCGCCUCUGCCCCUCCUGCUCUGGAGUUCUUCAACCUUGGGUUCCGUGGAUGUUGUUGGACUACAACUCCCAUCAUCCACAGCCGUCUUAGAUCUUAGGCUUCUAAUGGCAUGAAACCCAAAGUUGGCACAGGGAGGAUUCCCAAAUCCUGAGACUUGACACACUGCCCGGUUAUGGAAGAGCAGAUAAGGAAGAGGGCAACAAGGAAGCAGCAGAAAUCCUUUCUUUUGGGGAUAAUUCAGACUGAAACUCCCAGGUGUCAGAAAAUGUUAUUUAUGUACGCCACAACUGCGGCCCGUGUUUUGUUAGCCCCAAAAUGGAAAACGAGCGAGGUCCCAACUGAAGAAGAACGGCAACUUAAGUUGACAGAUUAUACGCAGCUUGCAGACUUACAUAUAGAAUAAGAGAACAAGAAGAACAUAUGUUUAGAGAAGAUUGGAAAAUGUUUAUUGAAUAUAUGGGAAGUAACUGUGUAGAGCUGAAAACGCUGGCAGCAUUAAGAUAAAUUCAACAGUGUAAAGAAGUUUUGACGGAGGCAAUAAUGGAAUACUGAUUGGUAUAGUUUUUGUAAAAUAUGCAGGGAUUUAUGAUAUGUAAAAUGAACCAUUGAAAGAGAAGAAGGGAAGUCAUUGAGAUCUUAAAGAUGUAAAAACGAAUACUUUAAAUUGUAAAACAGAAAAUUUAAUAAUAAAUUUAAUAAAUUUAAUAAAUUUAAUAAAAAUUUAAUAAAAAAAUACAUAUACAGUGGAUGCUUGGAUUGCGAACGUGAUCCGUGCGGGAUGCACUUUCACAACCCACAGCGUUCGCAACCCGCAACGGCGCGUCUGUGCACAUGCGGGUUGUGAUUCGGCGCUUCUGUGCAUGCACGACUGCUGAAACCUGGAAGUAACCUGUUCCGGUACUUCCGGGUUUCGGCGGUCCAUAACCCAAAAAAACACAACCUGAAGCGUCUGUAACCCAAGGUAUGACUGUAUACCGUGGUACCUCAGGUUACAUACGCUUCAGGUUACAGACUCCGCUAACCCAGAGAUAGUACAUCGGGUUAAGAACUUUGCUUCAGGAUGAGAACAGAAAUCGUGCUCCGGCGGCGCAGCAGCAGCUGGAGGCCCCAUUAGCUAACGUGGUGCUUCAGAUUAAGAACAGUUUCAGGUUAAGAACGGACCUCUGGAACGAAUUAAGUUCUUAACCCGAGGUACCACUGUAUAUGUAUUUAUGUAUAUGUAUACACACACACACACACACACACACACACACACACACACAUAUAUAAUUUUUAUUAAAUUUUCUGUAUGUAUGUGUGUGUGUGUAUAUAUAUAUCUCUCUGUGUGUGUGCAUUAGCAGCAGAAAUCCUGAAAGCAAAAACAAGCCCAGUGACUCCAGAACCUGUCCUAAAUCUUCUCCCUCCUUCCCAGACAUUGACGAGUGUAGCUAUUCCACCUACCUGUGCCAAUUCCAGUGUGUCAACGAGCCGGGACACUUCUCUUGCGCCUGCCCCCAGGGCUACCAGCAGCUGAGCACACGCCUUUGCCAAGGUAAGUGUGGGGCAGGCAUAGCUGCCUCGGGGUGGGGGUGGGGACACCCUCUGGCGCCUGAGCAGUUGUAUAUAGAAUCCUAAGUUGUUUGUGCGAGGUUGUUAGACACAGGUCAGGCCCCUUGUGUGCCUUUAGCUAGGGGUGCCACUCGAUUGAAAACAUGUUAACUGAUAAACAGGUCAUGUUUUCCACGGUGGCUCCCCACUAGUGGAAUGAUUUCCCUAGAGAAACAUGCCUGGCACCAUCUUAUUUAUUUAUUUACUCCCUCUCCUCCUUCCCCUCUACAACCCUAGACAUUAACGAGUGUGAGACGGGAGCCUUCGAAUGCACAGAGUCCCAGAAUUGCAUCAACUUUCACGGUGGGUACCGCUGCGUGGAGAAGAACAGCUGCCAGGAGCCAUAUGUGCAAGUCUCUGAAAAGUGAGUCUGGGCAGGUCAGGAUGGGGGCUGGGGAGGGGAGUGAGGGAGAAAGACCAUCCUGGACCUGAACAAUAGCAAAAUCAACGUGUAUUUCUGUAGCAAGUCCUGGGAAACGGCCCUUGCUUGUAUACUUCAAAGGGAAGAAGUAUUAUGUAUGAUACUUUUUUUAAAAAAAACACUAUUGGUUCUGAAAGCGAAAUGAAGCCUCCAGAGGCAGUCUACCAGAUGUAUGGGUGAAAUUACAAAGCUAGGCUAUUGGCCUCAUACCAUAAAUAGGAGAUCAGGGUUAGCGUCACCACCUGGACGCAACUGAGGGGAUUCUUCUGUACUCUGCUUUCUUAGGAACAAAGCAGGAUUCCUUAUUUGCACAAAUGGAGCCUGCGACAAAAGUUGCAGCGGCAUGGAGUGCCCCCCCCCUGUGUGGCAUAGCCUCCAUCACAGCCAAUAGCCAUUGAAACCCUCUGUGAAUUGGGCUGAUGCUCUUUUAAAGCCUUCCAAGUUGGUGGCCAUCACUGCCCGUGGAGCAAGUUCCACAGUUUGGCGAUGUGCUGUGUGAAGGACUUCCUUUGGUCUCUCCUGAAUCUUUCGACUUUCAGCUCUCCUGGAGGUCCACAAGUGUUCUGAGGGGAGGAAAAUGUUUCUCUAUCUGCUUUCUCCAUGCCAUGCAUAAAACUUCCACCGUGUCAACUCUUACUCACCGUUUCUCUAAAGUCAGAAAUGCUGCAACCUUUUGCUCUUGGCAGAGUCGCUCUUUCCCCUUCACCAUUCUGUUUUCACUUUUCUGAACCAUUCCCAACAGUAGUUCAGUCAGUAAGAGCAUGUGACUCUUAAUCUCAGGGCUGUGGGUUCAAGUCCCAAUGUUGGGCAAAAGAUUCCUGCAUUGCAGGGAGUUGGACUGGAUGUCUACAAUUCUGUGGCACUGCCAGUUCAAACCCCAUGAAGGUAUAUGUGAAAUUAAUAUUUUUUGCCCUGCCGUGUGUCACCUUACACUUGGCUUACACUGAAUUGUGCUUGUCGUUUCACCGCCCAUUCGCUUAGUUUGGAGAGGUGCUUUUGGAGCUCUUCACAAUCUCUCUCUGUUUUGACAACCCUGAACAAUUCAUUUCCUUUGGCAAGCUUGGCCACCUCACUGUCCUCCACCCACCCUCCCAUAACCCAAUUUGUUUCCGCUGUAGCCGCUGCCUCUGCCCAGCCACGAACCCGCUCUGCCGCGAUAAUCCGUCCUCCAUCGUCCACCGAUACAUGAGUAUCACGGCUGACCGAACUGUGCCCUCUGACAUAUUCCAGAUCCAGGCCACAAGCGUCUACCCAGGCGCCUAUAACACGUUCCAGAUCCGCUCGGGCAACGAACAAGGAGAGUUCUAUAUCCGGGUGAGUCCCGCUUCCCAGCAGCAGCCAAUCGGAGCGGCCCCUGCCCACAGCUGCCAUCUUAACCGUUGAUCUGUUAUUACAUAUAUAUUCCAACAUAUCCCUUGUGCAAUAAGCCAGCACCUCCACACACCUCUCUCUGUCCAGGGAAACAAGAGGGAAGAUCAGAAUUCAUGGGCAUAUUCCACCCAAGGAGGGUUUGGAUCACAGUUUGUAAGGGAUGCGGUCAACGAAAGAGUCCGAAGGGACAGAUAGAAGUGCCAUUGAAAUUCCACUCAAUAUUGAUCCAGAGUAGAUUCCAAUGUAUAGUUAGCAGAGUAAAAACUUAAGCUUGUUGCAGGAUUCCCCCAAAAUAGACCAGCAGCAAUUGUAUUUCAUUCAGCAGAGCUUUACUGCUAUUGAAGGCAAAUGAGCAUAAUGGUCACAAAUCCAAUACAUUCAGGAUUGGCCCUGUCCAUAAGAAAUCCAGUUGCAGCAGUCUUAGCUUAAACUUACCAGGGCUAUCGUCUGUCUGGCUCCGAAGCGCCCUCUCCGAUUGCAUGGAGCCCGGACAGCCCCGUGGUUUUCUUCGGAGCUGAGGGCGAUGAAACAAUCGCUGAGACGACUAGAGCAUCGGUGGCAGAAAACUCACUCCGAAUCUGACCGGACACAGGUUAGAGCUCAACGUCGAGCCUACCAAGUGGCGAUAGCGACAGUGAAGAAAACUUUCUUCACCGCCUCUAUUGCAUCUGCAGAAAAUAGUAGCAGGAGACUCUUUCAGGUGGUUCGCAAUUUAACGGAACCACCUUUACCACCGGGGCCUUGUAAAGACCCCAAGAUCUCCUGCAACGAUUUUGCAAAGUUUUUGCAGAUAAAAUCACUCAUAUUCGGAAGGAGCUAGACACCACCGUGGGAGCAGGGCUGGGGCGGGAGAGUGCUGGAGCUCUGUCUGGUCAAGUUGCAUAGAAUCAAUUUCAAUCCGUUACCCCCGAGGACGUGGACAGGCUGCUGGGAUGCGUGAAACCAGCCACCUGUCUCCUUGAUCCUUGCCCAUCCUGGCUAAUAAAAGCAAGCUGGGAAGGGCUGGGCGAUGGGCUCUGCGGGGUGGUGAAUGCUUCCCUCUGUGAGGGAACAUUCCCAGAUCCGCUGAGAGAGGCGGUCAUUAGGGACUUCCGGGGUGGCGCCAUCGGCAAUGGCGGACUCCCUCUGAACUGGAGGGACUAGCUCCGCGGGAAACGGGUCUUCUCCGCUACGGCAAAGCGGGGACCCUUUCAAAAAUCACAGGCGGAUGAAGCCUGUGACCAUGGGACUCAGCGGGCACCUUUAGCGCCCCAACCCGCUAAGGAACCCACUAAUGGGCUCCGAAGUGAAGAGGGGGAAGUGGCGCGGUGCUGUGAGUCAACUGCUAUUUCCGUGGAGCGAAGCCGCAUAGCCGUUGCCGGAGAGCGCUGUCUUUUUCCUGGGACAAUUUGGACUCUAAAAUAAGCACCCGUGAGUACUUAGACUUUGAACAACUGGACAUUAGAUGGGGACUUGUGAGCAGAAAGGAAUUGGAUUUUUAAAAUCUAUUUCAAUUUGGUACGGAACGGGAAAGUCUAAACAGGAAGUCAGCCUUCCGUUCUUCUGUAGAUAGAAUAAAGCAAAGACAACGUAAACUAGAACUCAGAAAAUCGCUUUUAAAGGAUUGGAUUUCAUCAUUUAAAAUUGUUGAACCCCCUUCGACAGCAGGAGAAGAAGGGGAUCUUUUGGACUGUUUAAAGUGAGUUUAAAGUAAAGCAACUUUCCUCCAUCCUGAUCCUGGAGCGGGGUGUCAGGACUGACGCUUGAAGUUCAUUGACCAGAGACAAACGUUUUUGACAGAUAGCUAAAAGAAGAGAAACAUAGUGAUUCCACUGUUUCCUUCGCAUUUCAAAGGAACAAAUAUUGACAAGGUAUCUCAAAAAGGAAACUUUGUUGCAAGAUCAAAUAGAAGUUUUCCCCCUAGAGGGAGACUGUGAAACUGUAACCAACUCCAGGGAGCCGGCAGCUGUUUACAGACUACAAUCGUGGGAAUAGGCAUUUGACCUUGCAGGACAAUGUAUUCUGAAGCUUUGUUGUGUGCUUUCUACAAAACAAAUGUCCUACUGGAACAGUUACAUGAGAAGGUGAAUUUGAUGACGACUUCGACUAGAAAUUUUGAACAGGCAGUGGGAAAAUAUGUGGAGCCCACCCAGGAAUUAAAUCAGGAGUGUGUCCUGACAGAACAGGCCCAACAGGAAUAUGAGCUUUUGGAUUUGACAAAUGAACUUGGAAAAAGCCAGAUUUGGAAAGAAAAAGUUUGGUUUGGCUUGGAAAUGGGGGGGCUGGAUUGACCCCCCUAUGCUGGGAUGUUUGGACUUUUCAAAUCUGGCAAUGGGCCGUGAGAUGUUUGGGAUUGUGGGGGCUCUUAAUUUUGGAGGGUCUUUGAAACAUGCUUUAAAUACCAUAUGGAAUUCAGUGCUGAAUAUGGAAAAGGGGCUGAUCUGUCGAGAAGGGUUAAAAAUAUUGCCAAGCUGGAGUUACCAUGAGCAGGAGACAAGGGAAAAUACAGUUACAAAUAUGAAGAAGAGCUGCGAAAGGGACAUGGAAGAGACUUGAGGGCCUCGGAUAUAAGGUUGCCAGGUUAAUGGGCCAGAUCGAUGGGAUAAUAAGGACUGACUAAACCUGGAACCAGGAGGAAGGGACGUUGGAUGAAGAUUGGAUCUGUUUGUAUUUCUUUUUUCUACCAUUAGAACUGUUUUAUAAAAUUGAUGAAUGUCAGAAAAUGUUGGAAUGAAAUUACUCGGCUUUAGUAAAGAUGUUUAAAGAAUUAUGAAAGAAUAUUAUGGUUAUGAGAAGUUGGUAAGGAUAAGAUUUAAGUUAUAAGCUUUAAGGUUUAUUUCUUAUAUAAAGAUAAGAUCAAAACUGUUUAGGGUAAUGUAAUGACAGAAUAUUAUGAAAUAUGGAAAGGAUUUGCUGGGAUAAUUAAUAACUAGGAUACAAAGAAAGGGAGGAGGAGGAGGUCAAAGAAAGAAGGUAAUGACAGUUGAGGAUUCGAGAAUAAUGAAUUUGUUUUUAAAUGUUCUUAAAUUGUAUCUUUGUUUUUUCUUCUGUCUUUUUUUCUUUUUCUUGAAUUUGUAUUUGUAUGGUUGGAAGGGUUUUUUUUUUCUUUUUCUUCCUUUUCUACUUUGUUAACUAUUUUUAUUUUGUAUUUUCUUCUGCUUUUAUUUUAUGUUGUAACACUUUGAAAAUUUCAAUAAAUAUUUUAUAAAAAAAAUAAUGAAAGAGGCGGUCAUUAAACUGCUUCUUAAAAAACCAUCUUUAGACCCGGCCAGUAUGGCCAACUAUUGCCCAGUCUCAAAUCUUCCAUUCUUGGGCAAGGUGAUUGAGCGUGUGGUUGCUGAACAACUCCAGGCACGCCUGGAGGAUGUGGACCAUUUGGAUCCCUUCCAAUCGGGAUUCAGGCCUCAUCAUGGGACUGAAACUGCCUUGGUCGCCCUGGUUGAUGAUCUCCGGCGAGCUAGGGACAAAGGUGAGAGUUGUUUCCUAGUUCUGCUGGAUCUCUCAGCGGCCUUUGAUACAAUCGACCAUAACAUCCUUCUGGACCAUCUAGAGGGGCUGGGAGCUGGGAGCACUGUUAUGCAGUGGUUUCUCUCCUUCCUCCUGAGCCGUGUUCAGAAAGUGGUGGUGGGGGAUGAGUGUUCAGACCCCUGGGCCCUCACUUGUGGGGUGCCUCAGGGUUCCGUCGUCUCCCCCAUGCUUUUUAACAUCUAUAUGAAGCCGCUGGGAGAGAUCAUCAGGGGGUUUGGGCUGGGUGUCCAUCAAUGUGCUGAUAAUACCCAGCUCCACCUCUCUUUCAAAUCAGAACCAGUGAAGGCGGUGAAGGUCCUGUGUGAGUGCCUGGAGGCGGUUGGAGGAUGGAUGGCGGCUAAUGGAUUGAAGUUGAAUCCUGACAAGACACAAGUACUGUUUUGGGGGGACAGGGGGCGGGCUGGUGUGGAGGACUCCCUGAUCCUGAAUAGGGUAACUGUGCCCCUGAAGGACCAGGUGCGCAGCCUGGGAGUCAUUUUGGACUCACAGCUGUCCAUGGAGGCGCAGGUCAAUUCUGUAUCCAGGGCAGCUGGUCUACCAACUCCACCUGGUACGCAGGCUGAGACCCUACCUGCCCGCGGACUGUCUCACCAGAGUGGUGCAUGCUCUAGUUAUCUCCCGCUUGGACUGCUGCAAUGCGCUCUACGUGGGGCUACCUUUGAAGGUGACUCGGAAACGACAACUAAUCCAGAAUGCGGCAGCUAGACUGGUGACUGGGGGCGGCCGCCGAGACCACGUAAUACCGGUCUUGAAAGACCUACAUUGGCUCCCAGUACGUUUCCGAGCACAAUUCAAAGUGUUGGUGUUGACCUUUAAAGCCCUAAACGGCCUCGGCCCAGUAUACCUGAAGGAGCGUCUCCACCCCCAUUGUUCUGCCCGGACGCUGAGGUCCAACGCCGAAGGCCUUCUGGCAGUUUUUUCACUGUGAGAAGCAGAGCUACAGGGAACCAGGCAGAGGGCCUUCUCGGUAGUGGCGCCUGCCUUGUGGAAUGCCCUCCCAUCAGAUGUCAAAGAGAUAAACAACUACCUGACAUUUAGAAGACAUCUGAAGGCAGCCCUGUUCAGGGAAGUUUUUAAUCUGUGAUAUUUUAGUGUAUUUUUGGUUUCUAUGGAAGCCGCCCAGAGUAGCUGGGGAAACCCAGCCAGAUGGGCGGGGUACAAAUAAUAAAUUUUUAUUAUUUAUUAUUAUUAUUAUUACAAGAAGUCUAAAACCUUAACACUAAGCAUACCAUGCACAGAACACAACACCAGAAGGACACCUAUUUUUAUAGUCAGCAUGACCUUGACAGAAGAGAUAAGAGAACCAGUUUAAGCCAGCUGUACUCAGCUUCUCUGAAGGAAUAACCCAAACAUCAUGCUUAUUUCUUUCACACAGAAAAGCUUCCAGAACCCUUUUGAAUUAAGUCCAAUAGGAAAGAUCUCUGCACAUCAGAUCAAUGCUUUCUGUACCUAGAAAUGCAAACUGACGACAAGUGCCAUUUUGCCCCUGGGCCUGAGGUCCCCCACCUCUUCCCUGGACCCUAUAUGUGGGAAGGCAAUGUCUGUUUCAAGAAACUCCCAGCUUGAACAGCUACCAGGCCCAUCUCGAACAGACUAGGCCCUGGCCUGGCAUUCUCCCUCCCUCUCCCUCAAGGCUCAACCUCCUUUUCUCCCCCACAGCAAAUCAACAACAUAAGCGCCAUGCUGGUCUUGGCCCGGCCAGUGACAGGGCCCCAUGAGUUUGUCCUGGAUUUGGAGAUGGUCACCAUGAACACCCUGAUGAGCUACCGUUCCAGCUCGGUGUUGCGGCUCACCGUCUUUGUGGGAGCCUAUUCGUUCUAGCCAAGCAGCAGCACUUCCCCUUGCCUGGCUGAGGAGGGGAGGGGUAAGUCUGGCUUUUGGAUGGGCAAAUGAACCUUCAUCCUAGGAAUGGGGAGGGGGGAGAAAGAGAGCUGACCCAUGGGUGGGUAAGUAAUGAAAUAAUUGGCUGGACCCCUAGAUCAAAAAAUGCAGGGCUUUACACACACUCUAGCGGGAGAGAGCCACCAGCAGAGUUUAGAAGAGUCUCAAAAUUAAGUGGGAGUAUAGCAUGGGAAUAAUGGGCUGUUAGACCCUUUCAUGUAUCCUGUUCAGUUUGCCAACAACCCUUCUCUUUACCCCUCUGGCAAUGAACAGACCGCACACUGCUAAGUAAGUUUAAAAUGCUUUCCUUACAAAAUCCAAAGGUCUGAUUCAUGUAUUGUUCCAUGCAAUAGCAAGGAACACACAUGUAGAAUACUGUUGGGUACAAAAUGCAGAAGAUAGUUUCAAGCAUGUGGUCUGAGCUUGGAGUACAUCUUUCCUGGUUGGUUACAUGGCACGAAGAGAGUGAGGAAAGGAAGAGAAGCUUCACUUCUUCCCUCAUUGGAGGUGAGGGUGUGUGGCUUAAGUGAGUCUAGGAACCCAGCUCUCUGGUUUUAACCCUUUCCUGCACUAAAACCCUGCCUGAAACCCUGUAGAGCUACUGCUUAAAAGCACUCUUCAUAAUAUUUCAGAGAUUCCAGAUGUGAGCCAGUAAUAACAAGGAAAUUCUGUGCUUUCAAGUUCAGCUCACAGCAGCUACCAGGUCUUAUGGGGGAGGGGGCAUCCUAGGUUGGUGCAAACCGCUCCCCCACCCCUGAGAUCUUCUAUAUUGCAGUGCAUGGUUACACUCUCUUCUUCCUCUCUCCAUUGCAGAAACAUCUGCUGGGUUGGGCUGUGUAAGAGAGGAACCGAGAGGCAAGAAGCCACGACCCCAGCGGCCAGGGAAGGGAUCUGUCAUGGCCUUUUGCAUCUUCCCCGACCCCCAAGAAGCACCCAUCAUCACAACUGGAUGAAGAGGGACCAGAGCUGCGACUGGGGGGCCAGAGCUGUGGCUUCAAAGACGAGCGCCACCCCCUCCAGAAGCGCCCUUUGAGCUACCACCCUGCCCGGCAGUGGAACUCGUGCCCCCUUCUCCCACUGCCCCCUGCAUCUCAGAGCACAGAGGGGCCUCCACAACCUCGCAGCAAGGCUCCGUGUUUGUUUUCUGCUUAACAGAGUGAGGGAGAGAAAGACAAAACAAAAAUUAGUAAAAUGAUUUUUUAUGUGUGUGGAAAGGAAAUGAUUCAAAUGUGUGUCUGGAUGCUUCCCAAAUGGACCAAGCGCUCCAGAAUCUUUGGGGAAUAAGCCUUGUCCUUUUCAGUCUCUUCAAGGCUCCCCAGCAGAUAGGAAGGCUUUCCCAGCCAGACACCCAUCCUAGAUGCUAGAGCCGGUCUAACCCCACCUCCAAAAGGAUAUUGUACUGCUAGGAAAAGUUGGAGCAGCUCCCAUACGAGGAAAGGCUAGAACAUUCUGGGCUUCUUAGCUUAGAAGAAAGGUGAGUAAUUGGAGACACGAUACUUAACGCCUGGUGUUCGGCAAGUGAAUAGGGAGAUGUUUUUUCUCCUUCUCUCUGAUACUAGAACCCAAUGGGGGGGUUCAUCCAGGGAAGGUGAAUGUUGCAAGAAUUAGGACAGACAAAAGGCCGUCCUUCGCAAUGGCCAUACAGUGGUACCUCGGGUUAAGAACUUAAUUCGUUCUGGAGGGCCGUUCUUAACCUGAAACUGUUCUUAACCUGAGGUACCACUUUAGCUAAUGGGGCCUCCCGCUGCCGCCACGCGAUUUCUGUUCUCAUCCUGAGGUAAAGUUCUUAACCCGAGGUACUAUUUCUGGGUUAGCGGAGUCUGUAACCUGAAGCGUCUGUAACCCGAGGUACCACUGUAGUUAAACGAUGGAAUUUGCCUACACAAGUAGUAGUGAUGGCCGCUGACUUUUUUUAAAAAAGGGGGGGGGUCAGAGAAAUUCACGGAGGACAAGA